AUGGUGCUUUUGCCGUCGAACCAGAAGGAAUUUGCUGAUCCUCUUUAUUGGAAGAAGUUCUUCGAAAAGUGCGAUACUGCCUUCGAAUGGUAUGGAGAGUACAGUGUUUUGGCACCAAUCUUGGAGAACUACAUCAAACCCACAUGCAAAAUUCUGCAGCUUGGAUGUGGUAACUCGAAUUUAGCCGAGCAGGUGGGAUUUUUAAUUUUUGUGUUGUUUUUGAUGUUUAGGUGAACGAAAAUUCAUGGGCUUUUGAUGGGAUUUAUCGAUUUUUUUGUGUAAAAGAGAGAACACAAUAUUUACUUGCUAUUACAACGAAUUUGGGUAUUUUGCGAGCUAAUAUUUUCAUUUAAAUUUCAGCUAUACGACAAUGGGUUCAGAAAUAUCACAAGUAUCGACAUUGACGCCAAGGUUAUCCAAAAGCAAGCAAAGAAGAACGAGAACAGAUCGGAGUUGGUCUUCAAAACAGCUUCAGUCACGGAGGUAAGCAAUUUUACCCGCAAAUCCAUGUUUUUUAUAUUACACUUGGUAUGACUUCAUUUUUUUAAAAUUUUAGACGGGAUUUGAAGAUGCCGAAUUCAACACUGUGUUAGAUAAAGGUACUCUGGAUGCUCUCUUGCCUCCUGGAGCUGAUACCGACGCCGAGAAGGUGGUUACGGACAUGUUUAACGAGAUUGAUCGAGUCCUCAGUGUGCUCGGAAGGUACAUUUGUGUCACUUUGGCUCAAGACCAUGUUGUCAACAAACUUAUGGAGCAUUUCCAUGCAUCUCAACGGUUCCUAGUACGGGUACAUCGGACCGAAACUGAUCGUCACUUCUCCAUGCCGGUCUUUGUUUUUGUCUUCACCAAACUCAAAAAUCAGAUGAAAACUGCGAUCGAUUAUGUCAGCCAACUCCCGCCAUAUCAGAGAAUCGAAAGAUGCGAGGGAAUCGAUGGGCUGAUGAACAAUUUGAGGAGUGAACGCGAAUUGGCUUGGCUUUAUCAUCAAACUUCGAGGUAAGUGUCUAGAAUAAUAUUAUUUUUUUCGAGGUUUAGGAGAAGUCGAUGUUAAUAUAUUAGAAGCGGUUCAUGGUCUAAGGAUAUGAUGUUUUCUUAGACUAUAAGAUCCGAAUUUUGCGUUUUGAGAUAGCUAUAUCUAGUGUAAUUUAAAAAGUUCCUAGUUGCAAACUGAAAUCUGUGAUUUAGAGUGUAAAAUACCUGAAAUAUAAUUUUUUAGCUUUUUUUUGAACAGCAACAGAUUACUUUCUUGUUAUGAGCACUUUUUGUCUAGUGCAAUAUAAAUUUUUUUGCAAGCUCUAAUUUUGACUUCAAAUUUUCCAUUUCAGGUGUCUCCGAGAAGAAGUGUCUCUAGUGCUCAAUGAUUUGAACGGAAAUCCUCGUUACACCUUCACCAUUCUCGACGAUCCAAAUCUCACAACCCUGCUCACUUAUGGUGUAUUUGUCGCUCCAGUUGGCCAUGAGACAGAUUGGCUCUUCUCCACUCCAAAAGGCCGCGCUACUCUCCGAAAACAGUGCAAUCGACAUCGACUUUUGCUCGUCCGAUUAAUGCCCAACCAAGUCUAUCUGUCCAUAAAUCACAUUGAAAUUGAAAUCACGGACCUCUCGACGAAGUUGGCACCUCCAUAUUUUGGCCAAAAAUCCAUCGAAUUUUUGUCCCUUGGCCGGAUGGAAUCCAUGGAAGUUGUUGCCUCGGGCGAAUCGCCGGUCAACGGGAAAUGGACCGUGGAACACGUAAAAGGAGGAGAAGACAAGGUUUACAGACGUCUGAUCUUCCUCAAUUCCAGCAGUUUGAUCCAAUCGGAAGUGGAAAUGAUUCGUAAGUUGAGUUGGCGGAAUAAAUUUUUGCAAAAAUUUUAUGUUAAUUUAUAUUGCACUUGGUAUUUUUUAUAAAAUAUUUGAAAAUUUUCAGCCGGUAAGAACAAACUCCGCAUGAACGACGACUACUUGUCCUGCGACCAUCACCGCUCCAUGAUCACUUCCCUCCAAUUCCUCGCCGGAGAUCUCGAAUCGGCUAUCGCCAAGUCCGAGAAUUACAGAUUCUGCGUCCUCGGCCUUGGAGGAGGAUUGUUGGCCAAGUUUUUGCACAAAAAACUCCCGAAAUGCCAUGUGGUGGGCGUGGAGUACGAUAAAGCUGUGGUGAAAAUCGCCAAAGGACAGUUUGGAUUGCCGACGGACGAACGAAUGGAGGUCAGAGUGUGCGAUGCCUACGAAUAUAUGCAAGAAGUCAGCGAAAAGCCAGGUAAAAUACGGGGUUGAGAUGUGGUGGCAGAGAUGUGGUUUGGAAGAGCUAUUUUUGAGGUCUGAAAGUAAUUUUGGAUUUUAUUUUAGAGUGAAAUGUUAUGUUUAGAAAUUUUUUUUUUGUGAAUUCGUAUGAUUUUUGAGCUUUUCUAGGGAUAAAAAUAGGGGUUUUUACUCGAAAACUUUAAUUAAAAAUGGUACUUUUUGCCAAAAAAAUCUUUUCAAUAUUUGUUUUCAACAAAAAAUGGCCUAUUUGACCCUCGAAUUUUAGACGAAGAGAAGUUCGAUGUGGUCUUUAUGGACUUGGCCACCAGCGAAAGCGACGUCGAUGGCCUCGCUUGCCCCCCGUCCAAGUUCGCGACCCCCGAGGCCAUAGAGUUGGCCAAGAAAUGCCUGAAGCCGACCGGCGUUUUCUCGAUGAAUUUGGUGACCAGAGACGACGAAAUUGUGAACCGAGUCAAGAACGACACCCUCAAAGUCUUCCCGCACGCCCAUGUGAUCAACGAAGAGGAGGACGUGAACGAAGUCCUCGUUUGCCCCCUAAAAUACGACAAAUCCGCCCUCAAAAAGAGCCCCAAGGACCAAUCAGAGCGCUGGCAAGUCUCAUACUCCCAAAUGCUCCAAAAACUCCAACCGGUCGAUCAAAAGAAUAAGAAAUAA